AGAACAAGAGUUCCAAAUCUUCAUUUUAUCAUGUUUGUAGAAAAACGUAAGUAUCACGUUCUUUGGUAUUCCUAGGUCCACCUCGUCAUCAAUUUUGUUGAAUACUGACAUUGCCAGGAUCUUUUUGUUCAUAGCACCAGUUUGUUUUAACAGACUCCUCAUAGUUGAACAUUUAGAAGUGUUUAACCCUAAGAUAAGGAUAAUCAUCUGCUUUUAUUAAAGCAUAUAACCUAAGCCUUCCAUAACAAAUAACAUAAGCAAAAAUGGAGGAUGAGUCGCAACGUCGUAUGAGAGAGGCCUACCUCUCGGCUAAGAAGACAGGCCAAGCAGGAGCCAACACUGGUGGAGCCCACGAGUGGUCGUCAGAACAGCAGAACAAGAGAGGAGAAAACUGGGGUGGAGGUAGAAAAGGAAAUCAAAACAGAAACAAGCAAUGGGGUGGAGGACAUGGAGGAGGUAUUACAAGUAUGAUUUUUAACUACUCCAUACUAUUAUUAAUUUGAUCAACACCAAGUAGACGAAAAAGUAGAUGUCAAAGAACCUUGUCAUCUACUUCAUCACGACCUUCACGACCUUAAAAUCUUCCUCACAACCUUUUCCCAGUUCUUUCAAAAAAAUUCUCCAUCACAACGAAACCAGCAAAAUCUGAUCACAAAACCCCAAAGGUCAGCGCGAGGAGGCGUUCGGCGGACCAGAGGAGAUAAAUAUGACAGUUCGUAACUUCCUAGAGGAUUUCACGACUCAGGUCACCGACAAGCGUGUUGACGAGCUCGAAGAGAUGUUUGUGAAGGAAUAUUCCAAGAUUUCCGAUCAAAUCUACAAGCAAAAACUUGGUAAGAAGAUAAAUAUCUUCUAGAAGAUGAAGAAGAAGAAGAAGAAGAAGGACUUCUGUGUAUGUUGAUGAAAUAACCACAAACUCACUCUACAUCAACAGCGGAUUAAAGUAAUAACAAGUCAUGAGUACGAUGUCAAGAAGAAAAUCUUCAACCUGCUACCUCCAUAUAGUAUCAAUUCUCCCACACACCCUCCAUCUACUCCUACAACAAUAGGUAAGAGCCAAAGAUGGCCAUCAGAGGAAGAGGCACGAGUCUACUUGGGUCAAAACCGCAAUGUCCUAAUGCUCUACCGAGAGCUCUACUACCGACAUUUGUUCUCGAAGUACCAAUACAACUACUCUUUUAUUUGCGCUCACUUCUAGACCUUGUUCAUCUAUGAAAAUACACAAGUAGAGCAUCAAAAACUUUUCAUCGUCGACGUUCCUCAUUUUAUUUUCUUCUUCAGCAGAGCUACGUAUCAAAAACUUUUUAUCGUCCUCGACGUGGUUCCUCAUUUUUUCCAAAAUUCUCUCAGGUUGGACAAAGCCGUCACUGGUCCGGAGCGAGUUGAGGCUUGGGAGAACUACCAGGCUAUUUUCGACAAGCUCGGCAAGGAUCUGGAAGGAGAUGCCAAUUCCUUGCUCAAAGGCAUGCCGAUCUCCUGGUUGUGGGAUUUGUUGGACGAAUUCGUGUACCACUACGUCACUUACUGCCAGUUCAAGGCCAAGGCUGCUCAAAAACGAGCAAAGGCCGUUGCCGCAGCAACGCAGCAAGGCCAGCCACCGCAAGUCGACCAAGAUUUCGCUUUGGUCGUUGAGAAUCCAGCUGUCUUCGACAACGCAGAAGUUUUUUACACCCUCAAACGAUUGAUCUCUUCGACGAAUAUCGAUGUGGUGUUGCGCAGUCGCAAGGGAGAGCAAGACGCGCCACCAGGCACGAUGCCGACCGAACAAGCCAUGUACCUUGGCUACUUCGCGAAGAUUCAGCAACUGCGCUACCACAUUGUCUUGGGCGAAUACGACGUUGCCCUGAAGUGCGCCCAGCAGUUGGACUUCGGCUGUGAAAACGCCAUGUACUACCGAUGCCCGGCAGCACAUGUGAACCUGUGCUACUACGUUUCCUUCGCAUUCUUCAUGAGCGGAAGAUACAGCGACGCAGUGAACAUCAUAUCAAAGGUACAAUCCAUUUACCAUUUUUUGAUGCAUUUCAUCUAGAAAUGGACAAAAUGCUAGCCGGUAGAGAUGAACAUGAAUAAAACUAAAAGUUUCAAGAAAGUAAAGUAGAAAAACGAUAGACGUACUCUUGCAAGUAGAUGAAAUCAAAACCACACUCCCAUGAAGAUGAUUUUCAUCAAUACAAUCUCAAUCUCAAACCACCAAAAGCAAAAUAAAUCUCACAACAUCCGCGCGAAUCAACAACAGAACCUCCACUUCGUGAUGAAGUUGGGCCGAUUCCCACCACUAGCGGAGAUGUACCAGCUACAGGGAAAAGUCCAGGACAAGAUGAUGAGACUUCUUCUUCUCUGUGAAGUCUUUGCACCAGAUAACUUCUAUGCCGUUCCAGAAGAAAUCGUCGCCCAACAUUGCAACGACAAAUACGCCGAUGACGUCAAAGUCUUCAAGACUUGGGGAGCAAAGGACUCACUGGUACAACUACUAUACAUAAACUUCUCACAAUGUGUUUUUAGGAGAAGAAGGAGCAGGACUAAAGUAGUAUAUAUGGCUGUAAAAUUUCCUCCAUCUGUAAAAUUUCCACCCACCUCUGGAACAGGACGGCGACAUGGCAGGGAAACCAUAUGCAUCGAAGUUGAGUGAGUGGUUUAGCAUCGUGUCACCUCGAUUUGUCACGCCUCUCGAUGAAUCGGCAAUCCAGCAAGGAAACGUCAACCCCCUGGAAGGUAAAAAUUCAAUUUUUCAAACACCUUGUUCGUGAUCACCAGUAUGUUGCUAGGAUCUGGUAGGAAAAAAUUAAACUCUUUAUUUUCUCCAAUAGAUACAACAUCAUCUCCAAUACAACAAUACAACAUCUUCUCCAAGGUCACAACCGUCAAUGGGAGCGCUUCUGGCAGAUGAUGGAGGAGCAGAAGUACGUCCCCAUGGUCGGCAAUGUCGUCCGCAUGUACACCCAGAUCUCUAUUCAGAAAUUGAUGACCCUGUGCAACUUUCAAUCCGAGCAGCAGUGUCGUGAUGUGUUGUCCGUAGUGGCCAGAAAGGGCAGUCAGUUCGUGAUAGAAACGGAUCAGAGUGGGCAGCCGAGUUUGCUCCUCCCAGGAGCACCCCAGCGAUGCACGGAUGUCGAUUUCACGGUGUCGGAAAGCGGAGAAGUGUCAGUCAAGAUCCUGAAGCCGAAGAAGGACAUCGCGGCAAUGUACAUCAAGGAGAUCCACAGACUGGAGACAAUCGCGGCAGACAUCGAAAAGAACGAAAAACUCGCUUACCAAGCACGAGCGGGAGCAUAAGAUCAACGAGCAUCUAUCAGAAGUAGGAGCAUCUUCUAUUAGUAUCUCUUAGUAGUCGCGGAGGAGCCAGUAGUCGCAGAUCACCUUUUUCUUGACGAGGAGACGCACCAAGAACAAGAUUUUCUUAUCCUUCUACGCUUCGACAACAUUAACUUUCAAUACGAGUACAACUAGUGUCAUCUACUUACUAAACUCAUACAUCUAAAUCAUGCAAACCCAAUUUUACUCUUACUAAACAUCGAAGAUUACGCUGUCGAGGUUGAUUAUAAUCAAAACAAGAUCUCGUAGUCUCGGCCACGGGAUAUUCAGAUUUCUAAGGUAUAAAGGAACUAGAACAUUGAUCAUGCAUGUGCAUCAAAAACUGAAGAAGUCAUAAUCAAUGUAGCAUAAAGAACCAUCAUGACAUCAUGCUCCAUCACAAAUGAGAUGCUAAAAUCAAUGACUACUUCUGUAUUUAUAACCGACGUCGUAGUUGAAGUUGACCAGCACCAACUAAAACUACGCGAAAAAAAAUGCUAGAAGAAUCGAAAUCCUUCCAGUAUAACACUAUGUCUCACCGAUUCAUGAAAAUGAACUCAACUACACGACAAGAACAUCUAUUGAUUGUAUUUGGACAUCCUUCAAGAAGUGCAGUUUCCUUAUCGCAGAUACAAGCCCGCUGCUGUUGCAGAAGCAAAGCGUAAGCGAUUGUUUGCUUCGAGUUUUUUCUAGUGAGAUCGUGCUGUACUUCUUGUACAACUAGAGAAAUCUGUUGAUUUGUGAGCAAGAAAGCUGCAAACCUGUCCGUUUGUAUGGUCCCACAUCCUUCUGUAGUGUCUUGUUUUUAUUCUUUCUGGAC